CCUCCCCCCGUCCUAUCCAGGUGCGUCGUCGUCAUCCUGAAUCCCCGGGAGAACACGCAGCAACACAUCCUCAACACCUCCAGGAAAACCCUGAGCGCGUUGGCUUUUUCGCCUGACGGGAAGCUCAUCGUCACCGGAGAGAACGGGCACCGACCGGCCGUCCGCGUCUGGGACGUGGAAGAACGGGCGCAGGUCUCGGCGUUGCACGGUCACAAGCACGGCGUGGCUUGCGUCGCCUUCUCCCCCAGCGCCAAAUACCUGGUGUCGGUAGGGUACCCGCACGACAUGGCCGUCAACGUUUGGGAUUGGAAGAAAGAUUCCCUGGUCGCGUCGAACAAGGUGUCCUGCAAAGUGACGGCGGUGUCCUUCUCCGAGGACAGCUAUUUCGUCACCGUGGGGCACCGCCACGUCAAAUUUUGGUUCCUGGACUCGUCGAGGGAGCUGAAGAGCAACGAGACGGUGCCGCUGGUGGGACGCUCGGGGUUGCUGGGCGAGCUUCACGAUAACGUUUUCUGCGACGUGGCCUGCGGGCAAGGGCCGAUGUCGGGCAGCACCUUUUGCGUCUCCUCCUCGGGAUUGCUCUGCCGAUUCAACGACAAACGGGUGCUGGAAAAAUGGAUCCUUCUGAAGGUACCGCUGGCAAAUUGCCUCUGCCUCAGCGAGGAACUGAUAUUUUGCGGCUGCGCCGACGGCACGGUGAGGAUUUUCCAAGCUCGGGACAUGCGUUACUUAAGCGACCUCCCCAAACCUCAUCCCCUGGGCGUGGACGUCACCCAAGCCGCCCCGCCGAGGCGGCCGGACCUGGUUUAUCCCGACACCAUCGCCUUGGCCUACGACGUUUGCAACCGCUGGCUGUCUUGCGUCUACAAGGAUCACAGCGUCUACGUCUGGGAGGUGGGGGACCUGCGGAACGUCAGGAAGGUGUGGUCGGAUCUUUUCCACAGUUCCUUCGUCUGGAGCGUCGAGGUGUACCCCGAAUUCGAGGAGCGGAGAUCCUGUUUGCCUCCCGGUUCCUUCCUGACGUGUUCCUCGGACAACACCAUCCGCGCCUGGAGCCUGGAAAACGGCUCCGCGCGCCCCAGCCAGGGCAGCGCCUACAGCACGACCCGGCUGAACGUCGUCUACGUCGACAACAACACGCAGCACCUCCAGGAUUCCUCCAACGCACCCGACCGAAACGAAAACGCGGGUCACCUCGACGUCAAAUCCGGGGUGCGGGUGAUGGAGGCCAGCCCCGACGGGGAGCAUUUGGCAUCGGGGGACAGAGGAGGAACCCUCAGGAUACACGAGCUGCAGUUCAUGCAGGAGGUGGCUAAAGUGGAGGCUCACGAUUCCGAAGUUCUUUGCUUGGAGUAUUCCAAGCCGGAGACCGGAGCAGCGCUGCUGGCUUCGGCGAGCAGAGACAGGCUGAUCCACGUCUUGAACGUAGACAAGAACUACAAGCUGGAGCAAACCCUGGACGAUCACUCCUCCGCGAUAACGUCGGUCAAAUUUGCCGGCAACGGGGACAUUCAGCUGAUAAGCUGCGGCGCCGAUAAAAGUAUUUAUUUCCGCAAUGCUCAAAAGGCGAGUUAGCGGCGUCUCCGCGAGGAUUUGCUAUUUCUCCCCGAAAAUCGGACGCAUCACGUCGCCGAAAAAACCACCCUGUACGACAUGGACAUCGACAUCACGCAAAAAUACGUCGCCGUCGCCUGCCAGGAUAGAAACGUCAGGGUGUACAGCACGGCCAGCGGGAAGCAGAAAUGCUGCUACAAGGGUUCGCAAGGCGACGACGGCUCCUUGCUGAAGGUGCAGCUGGAUCCCUCGGGCACCUUCCUGGCGACGAGCUGCUCCGACAAAAGCAUCGCCCUCAUCGACUUCCACUCCGGGGAAUGCGUGGCAAAAAUGUUCGGUCAUUCAGAAAUAGUCACGGGGAUGCGGUUCACCUACGACUGCAAGCACCUCAUCACCGUCUCCGGAGACAGCUGCGUCUUUAUUUGGCACCUGGGCCUCGAAAUCACCAGCAGCAUGAAGCAGCACUUGUUGGAGCUCAACCUGCCGCAGCCGAAGCGGGCGAAGGAGCCCGGUUCCCCGGCGCAGCUCAGGCGGGAGACCUACGUCGCGAUUCCCGGCGGGAUGGAAGCCAGCGGAGCUUCCGACGAGGAGCCGCGAGACGAGGCCUCAUCCCCGCAGACCCCCUCCAAGGAGGAUUCGGAGCCGCCUCCGGCGUGCAUCCUCACCAACGGCAGGUUGCCCAUGUGGGCAAAGAGGCUACUGGGAGAGGUGGAGGACGGCGACGCGGCGGCCGCCAACCCCCCGGGGAGCUACCGGCCGCGGGGGCGAUGGGCAGAGCGCGCCGAGAGGGGCCCCAUCAAGACGUUACCGGAGACGGAUCCCCCCUACCUCACCCCCCUCAAAUCCCACCUCGAGGGCGAGCCGGAACUCGAGCCUGGCAACCUGGACCAUCUACUUUCAGAGGUGGAGAGCUCUCCCAGUGACCUCACCGAGGAUUUCCAGCUCUCCGAGUUCUUCCUGGAUGAGGAAAACAACGGGAGAUCGGAAUCGACGGAUACAACCGGGAGCCGCCUGGAGGAGCUGCACGUGCCGGAGGCGAGCGGGUCGGUGCCGGCCUCAUCCCGUGUUUCGCUCCGCUUGGGAAUGCCGGCGCCUUGCUACCAGCCGGAAGAGGAGGAUUCCGGUAGGGAAGCGGAGGAGGCGGAGGAGAACCCGCUGCAGAGCAGCUCCUUGCCCCAGACCCCCGAGCAGGAAAAAUACCUCAAGCAACACUUCGAGACGCUGGCGGACGCCGAAGGCUGGCGACCGCUUUCCCUGCGCGGGCACGACCCCGACCGCAGAGCCCUGCCCGUGCCGCGGAGCCGCCGAAAACACCCGAGGAGCUGCCGCGACCGGAGAAACCGCGGGAUGAAAAACCUUGGGAAACGGGAGAAGAACCGGGCUCCGACGCCGACAAACCCAUGGGUGACGCUCUGCGCCGACGCCACCGAGGAGGAUCUCCUCCGAGCGAGGACGGAGCUGACCGAUUUUUUCGGCUGGAUGAAAACCGAGCUGCGUUCCCGCGCCGUAACCCGCGACGCCGGUACCGAUCCGACGCCGGAUCCCGAAACCUUGGCGCUGCUCCGUGCCUACUCCGACUCCCUCAUGGAGAUGAUCCGGAGGAGGUUGGAGGGCAGCAGCCCUGAAACGCUUUAA